GUACGGGUCCCCGUCCGCACCGCGUUUGGAAGGCGCGCGGCCCUUUUGGGCCGCCGUAGUGACGUCACCCGGGUGGGCGGGGCCGGGGUGACCCCGCCGAGAGGCGCCUCGCCCGGCAGCAUGUUCAAGGUGGUGUGGUGGUCUGCUGGGCCCGCCAGCCUCAGUCUUCUGUCCUUCAAGGUCUACGCCGCCUCCAAGAAGGAAGCCCCUCCGAGGGUUACCCUCCAAUUGGAUGAGCUCUCAGUCUACUCAACUCCUGUGGGCAACUCGAGGCACGUCGAGAGUCGUCCGAGCCAGCUGGAGGAAUACGUCUCGCACAUUCGGCAUUCUGCGGAACCGUAUACAAGCCGGUGCCAGGAUGUUUACUGUAAAGCCAAGCCUAAAGUAGACGUUGCUCUUCAACAAGGAAAAGAUGGUUACGAGUUCCUCUGCAAUGCCCCUCCGGGUUUUUAUCCAAGACUUGGGGUGAUUGGUUUCGCCGGGGUUGUCGGACUGUUCCUCGCUAGAGGUUCCAGAGUAAAGAAGCUGAUGUACCCUUUGGGUUUUAUGGGACUCGGUGCCUCCCUGUAUUACCCCCAGCAGGCCAUCACCUUUGCCCAGAUAAGCGGGGAGAAGCUGUAUGAUUGGGGCCUGCAAGGAUACAUCACCCUGGAAUACCUUUGGAAGGAGACCUUGAAGAAGAAACCUGGAAAGGAAGCAGGGGAGAAGGGCAAGGGCGGAGAGAAAAACAGCCCUCCGGCAGAACUGGGACCCAAGUGAAACACUCCAAGGUCUGCCUGCCUGGAAGAAGCAGGGAAAGCCUGCAGAUCCCACGCAGCAGGCCAUGUUUCCUGUCAAAGAUGAAUGUCCCGAAUACAGAAAACCCCCGACCCGUCCUCAGGAAAGCUUCGGCCAAGCUCUUCGAGGGUCCGGGCGGAAGCCACAUCACCGGGAAUGGACUGAUUUGAACUCCUUUCUGUCCGAGAUCCCCGAAGGAACCUCCGAUGCCUCCCGCCUCCCCCCUUGCUGCUGCUUUUUAUGUACAUAAUUAAAAUUCCAACUAAGUCCAA